AGGUUGCAAAAUUUGAAGCAAUUGCUGAAGAAGCCGCCGAAGAAGCUGCCAAAGAAGUCAUCGAAGAAGCCACUGAAGAAGCCAUUGAAGAAGCUACCAAAGAAGUCGAAGAAGCUACCAAAGAAGUUACCGAAAAAACUGUAAAUUUUAAAGAAGCAGCUGAAGAAGCUGCAAAUUUUGAAGCAGCGGCAAAAUUCAAAGAGAUAGCUGAAGAAG